CUGUUAGAUGGAGACCCGAAGUCUCAAUGAGUACUCAUUUUCAUAAAUUAUCAAAUUUCGUACGUGACGAAUUUCCAGAAAGAUUUGGUGAAACCUUCAAUUUCAUACUGAAAUGUGUUGGUAUUGCUGGGGCUGUAUUCGCAGGAUUCGGGUUCACAGUCACAAGCAGACGACGCUUCUGUAGUCUGUAGUGUGUUUUGGAGGUUUGGGCAGACGAAUUGUUCUUGAACGAAUUAACCAUUUGUCCGCUGCCGGUUACCUAUUGAUCAUGCACAUUUACAUCAAUAAUUCAAAACUUCCUCCCAUGCCAGUUUCUUGAAGUAUCUCAAAAUACAAUUCGAACCGGCCAAAUCAACAACAACUGAUCGGCGAUCUACAAUACUUUAUUCUUCCAACAACAACAAUGUCGAAAUAUCUCAAAAAUCAGGUGUCACUAAGACUUCUGGAUGCCUUGGCUCGGAGCAAUCCAUCAGAGAUUGAUUCAAAGUUUCUGGCAUCAAAAAUGUUACUGAGGAAACAUUCUGACUCUCAGAUAGGUCUCGUACUUCCUGUUGAUUGUGUCAAUGUCACAAACAGCAGUAAUUGGUCAAAUGUUAAAGACUGCAUUGCGCCUGACGAUGUUAUUAGUUCAGUCUCCAUUAUAAAACAGCAAGGGAAGCCAAACUUGUUUUUCCACCUUAAUCAAAAUAAUUUUAUCAAGAAUAUAUUAGAGCACCAUGCAGCUGAUCAGCCCUCUCUCAGAAAUUCCAAGAGAGUCCUUGUUGAGUUCAGCUCUCCUAACAUUGCAAAGCCCAUUCACGUUGGUCACUUACGAUCAACGAUUAUUGGGAAUUUCAUUGCCAAUAUACAUGAGUGGUUUGGUUAUGAUGUUAUGCGAAUUAAUUAUUUAGGAGACUGGGGAACACAGUUUGGUUUAGUCAAGGUGGGAAUGAAAAUUCUGAAUCCAACCCAAGAAGAGCUCACCCAGAGACCACUUUCUACUCUUUACCAAGCAUAUAUUUUAGCUAAUACUGCUGCUGAAAAUAAUCCUCAAAUUCUAGAUGAUGCACGGCAAAUUUUUCUGAAUUUAGAAAGAGGAGUAAGUGAUGACAUCUCAGACUGGAUUUUGUAUAAAAAGUACACUGUAGAAGAGUUAAAGAAGAUAUACUCUCGUCUUAAUAUUGUUUUUGACCAUUAUUGUUGGGAAUCUGAUUAUAAAGUUGACUGCAUUGGACAUAUUCUUGAGCUUCUGAAAUCUACUGGUGGUCUGGCAACAGAUAAAGAAGGUCGAUCCGUGAUGAAUUUAGAUGGUAAAGAUGUUCCUUUACUAAAAAGUGAUGGAACUACCUUAUACCUUACAAGGGAUGUUGCUGCUGCUGUCGAUAGGAAAAAUAGAUUUCAAUUUGAUAAAAUGUAUUACCUUGCUGACACCUCUCAACACAGACACUUCAGAAAUCUGUUUAGUAUUCUGAAAGUGCUCAGUUUUCCUUGGGCUGAAAAUAUGGAACAUGUACGAUUCGGCCGAGUUCGUGGUAUGAGCACUCGCAGGGGUGAGGCCGUUUUUCUGAACGAUAUUCUUGAUGAAGCUCAUUAUCUCAUGAUAAAACAACAACAAACUAGCCCAAACACAAAGAUUAAUCUUGACGAGGACAAAGAUACUGCUGAUAUCCUAGGAGUCUCUGCAAUUAUUGUGGCAGAUUUAAUACACAAAAGAAUGAGAGAUUAUUCCUUCGACUGGGAUUCUGCAAAAUCGGUUACUGGAAAUACUGGAGUGCGUAUGCAGUACACUCAUUGUCGACUAAAAAGCCUAAGUGAUAAAUUUUAUUCUUCCUCUGGGGUUGCUUUAGACCCUCUAUUACUAUCAGAACCAACAGCUAUCAAUUUAGUGUUUGAGAUAUCUAGAUUUGAAGAGGCACUUGAGAGAAGUUUUGAGGAAUUAGAAGCGAGCAAACUUACUGAUUAUUUGUUUUCACUAUGUGAUGCAAUCAACAAAGCCUUUAUGACUCUAAAGGUAUCAAAUACUGGUAAACUAGGAGAGCAAAGGUUAAUAUUAUUUGAAGAAGCCAGGUCUGUUCUUCACCGCGGUAUGACGCUUCUAGGACUCAAACCAUUAAAUCGUAUGUAACCAAUCUGAAAAACACAACUGUUGUAUGUAAAUGUAGUAUAAGAAGUCGGAUUGCAACGACCCAUCAAAACAGAAAACUAUAAUAAAAACAAGUAAAAACUUUA